GUUCAAUUCACAGCAACGAUUUUUAAUUUAGUAAAAAAAUAAAACAAAACUCGUUGCACCGUGAGCAUCGUCUGUGUGAAAUGUUUGUGUAAAAUUGUAUAAUUCGAAAUGCAGUUUCAGAGGGCGGCGUCGAAUAUUGACUAUUAAUAUCGCACGUGAGAGCCGAAGGAAGCUUCAAACUGAUCUCCGAUAAUGUUUCGAUCGAAGAAGGAUGUUGACCGACACGUGAAAGACAUUUUUAUUAAGCUUAAAAGCCCGGAGGAGAAAAAUCUUCGAUGUUAUAACAUUGCAAAGCUAUACUAUCGUGUCGGAGAUUAUGAAUCAGCGAAAAAAUAUAUUUUUAAUUAUUUGGAAGUACGGAACAGAUGUUCAGGCGCUUAUAAAUUAUUGGGACAAGCCCUUGAAGCUUUGAAACAAAAGGAGGCAGCUUUUAUGCAAUAUAAAAUAUCUCUUGAAUUAGAACCGAAGCAAGACGAUCUUAUUUUAAAAGUUUGCGAACUACUGACAGAUAUGGAUUUCAAAGUAGAUAUGAAUAUAAUUAAAUAUUGGGUAGAAAGAGCGGACAAAACCUUUCCACAUCAUCCAAUAGUUUUUGAAUUAAAGGAGAAAAUGUUAACCCAAGAAAAAUCAAACGACAGCAACGAAGAUCUAGAAAAACUUAUUACCUCUGAAUUAUCGGUAAGACAAACCGAUGUGCACCUACAAAUUAAGUUGUUGAAGCACUAUGUAGGAAAUCAUAGACUAGACGAUGCGUAUAAUCAUGCUGCUGGAAUCGAAGCGAAACAUAGUCACAGAAAUAGUAUCGAUUGGUAUCAAUCGUUAAGCGAAUUACUUUUAGAGUGUAAAGCGAGUAAGCAGUCAGAUUGGACAUUCUGGAUAUUCUAUAUUUCUGUCUUGGAAAGAUAUGCAGCGCUUUGUUUGAAAGAGCAGGGUAAUAUAAUAAAAAAUAUGUCGGAUGCUACACAAGCAGUAUUCAAUUUUGAUCAGAGUUUAACUGAAUUUAAAUCAAGAAAUAUCACCACUCAUCCUGCUUUUAUCGAAAACAUGUUGUUACACAUGUGGGGACAGUUACAUUUUCAUUUAGCAUGUUUAUUUUUACGUAAAACUAAAAUGGGAGAGGACAGUUGGUCCGAAGCCGGCCGCCUGUGUGCACCACUUUUCUUGACCGCGUUGCACGUCACGCCUAUAGAUCCCACCGCUGUGUGGACCAUGCAUUUAAAGAACCGACUUAAGAAUCAAAUUCACGUAUGGUACAGAGAAGGAUCGUACAGAUGUAGUCAGUCUGGUCACGUGCUUCAAGAUUAUGCUCGAGACAAUACUAAAAAAUUGUUGGACAAAAUCGACAAGUUUUGCACGAACUCGUGGCGCGAACGUGUUUACCAGAGGAUCUUUAUUGGUCGAUUGUGUCAGGACGGCAAAGCAAAGUCGUACUUUGCAAAUUCCUCCAAUUCGAAUCCGCCAUUACGUCUGUGCUCGUAUCACGAAUUGAAACGAUUCGACGAAAUAUCGGAGGAAGUGUGGCCAAAUUCGCUUCACCAUCAAGUUUGGCUUGGUUUGAGGAGCUGGCCUCGUAAUAAGAAAGACGACGGACCUCAUCCGAAUCAAACGUCGCGCGUGUUCUGCGAACUACAAUUCUCCGUUUUCAAUCUGAGUCAAGCAGCCCCCGACAGUCUGAGUCGUCUCGAUAUCGACGCAUUUCUGAACGCGGCGAUCUUAUGCGCUUCUACGGCGAUCGAGGAACAACGACUGAGCGGGUUCAUGAACUCUGAGAAAUUGCCCACAUUACCGGCGGACCUCACGAACACCCUUUGUACUUGCGUUCAAGAAAAAUGGUGGUCCUGUGCGUACAAAGUAUACUCGAUGGACAAACAAAUGCCGCUGAACGAGGAUCUUGGAGAAAUAAGAUUGGAGUUACAGCGAGGUCUGGAAGCCGUUCGCUGUAUCGGGAAUCACGGAUUGCACCCAGCUCUUCUAGUUCAUUUAGCACGAGUGUUUCACCACAGAGCGGAAGUGUUGAAGGAAACGGAUCCAGGCAAUGGUGAUAUAUCUAGUUUGGAGGCACGCUACGAGAUGUAUUGGUCGAACGCGAUUCCGCUUCUCGAGAGGCUGCAGAACAAUCAAAUUCUUCGUGUGACCAGCUCGAAGUUCUUCAAUUAUCAAGGAAAAGAAAUGGACAACUCGGACUUGAUCAAGGCUCUGGAGGAAGGUAAAUUGUUCCUGGCUCAGCGUUUCGUGCGUGACAAACAGUACGAGAAAGCGAUCGACGCGUUGCAGGCGUUGAAAUGCCCGGAGGCCUCGUUCCAGCAAGGACAGGUGUACCAGAUGCUCGCGGACGAAAUCGUUAGUUCCAUGCCAAAAGAAAGCUUGACAUCCGAAAUGAGAUCGCAGCACAUCAUCAUGCUCUCGAAAGCCAAGGAAUGUUUUUAUCUGACGUUGGAUCGGCUGCGUAGCCCGGAGACGAAUCCGAAACAUCCUUUGAAUUCGCAGCUUUCCUUGCACAUCGUCGACAUAGAGAAUAAAUUGAAGAGAAUCGAUCUGGAUGAAUCGCAAGGGGACUUGAGCAGAAACGAAUACGACGGUAUGUCGGACGAAAGCUAUUCAUCCGCGCACAGCGUCGCCGAUCAACCGACCACGAACAUGGCGCUACCAACGUUUACAGUAUUGAACACCUCGAGCAAUAUGCUCAGCAUACCGCAAAAGAAUACUCAUCGAACCCCGAAACAGUCCAGCACACCUUACAGACCGCAACACCAAGACAUAAUGGAUUUGUCGCGCAAUCGUUCGGAGGCACGUCCAAGCCCCGAGCGUCUGGACGCUCAAAUUCGUGCGAUCAAUCAAACGCUUCACGCGAAGGACAGUAUGAUACAGUCGAUAGUGGACCACAAUAAAACCAUAUUGAAGAAAGUCGAGGAGCUGGCCAAAGAAGUGAGCGAGUUGCGGAAAGAUAUGCGUCGUCAACGCGUCAAGCCGAUCAACGUCAAUCUCAAUAUGGAGGAGGAUUUAUGCGCUCUGAGCGAGGAGCAUUACAACGACUUGAAUUAUAACGCGAAUCAGACGGGUCCCGUGUCCUCGAUAUCCGGAAAUAUGUUCCAAACGUCUCACAGACAUCCGUAUUCCCAAUUGGUUUAUCCCACGACCACUGCGUUUCAAGGCUAUUAUCCAGGAGCCAUGUCGUUCACGGAUCCAAACGCUCAGGCUAUUCCUUCUCUGUAUCCGCCAAAUGUUUAUCCAAUGCCAGUACUCUAUCCUGAUACCAGGUCGAAGAUGCCGGAAAAUAUACUUCAACAGAGCCUGUUCACAACGAGAUUGCCGACUCAGAUGCCGGAUCUGAUGCCGCCGACGAAUCAGUCGUUGCAAAUCCUCCUACAAAAGGAGGAAAUGGCGAAGACCGAGGCGACCAUAAAGGACGCGCCUCUGAACAAAAUUCCACCGGUUAACGUUGUUAUCACCACCUCUGAUACACUCCCGACUACAGCGCCGGUCGUUCAGCCGACGCUCAGCGUAACCAUUCCUCCACAUUUCAGACAAGGAGGCAUCUCCACGUCGGCCACGAUGGAACAGUCCGUUCCUCAUUGUUACCAGAUCUCUAUGCCGUCGCAAAUUACUGUACCGACGACGGUCAAUCUUCCGCCCUUGGCAGCCACUCUUACCACCACGCCAGCGAGUAUUUCCAUGAACGAGGCACCGAAGGCGGAUAGCAACGCCAACGUUUGCUCGGUCGGUUCGCCGAACAGCUCGGAUUACGAGCACGAUCCGAUACCAGAUUUCGUUCCCAUCAUACCUCUGCCCGCUGAGGUGAAGGUCACCACGGGUGAAGAGGAUCAGGAGGUAUUGUUCUGCGGCAGAGCCAAACUGUUCCGUUACGUGGGCAACGAGUGGAAAGAGCGUGGCGUCGGUAACGUGAAACUGCUCCGAAACGAGGAGGGCAAGGUACGUUUACUUAUGCGCAGGGAACAAGUAUUAAAGGUAUGCGCCAAUCAUUACCUGUCGCCUAAUAUGGAACUGACCGCCAAAUCGAACAACGGGAACGCCUGGGUUUGGGUCGCCCAAGAUUUCGCCGAGGGAGAGCUGAAGCUGGAAAUGUUUUGUAUUACGUUUAAAACUGUGGAGGAAGGUGCAUCCUUCAAGGAGCACUUUGACAGAGCCAAAGCAAGUCUCCCUCGAUCCCCUGAAAAGUCAGUCGACAGCGCUGAGAAAUCAUUGACCAAGGUCAGUACGACUACAAGCAACGUCGAGAAGAAGGAGGCAAAGCCUUUGGAGCAGCAAGUUGGUCAGAAGAAUCAACCCGCUGAAACGACCACAACGUCGGAAGCUUUGUUGGACAAAUCGAAGAGCAAUACAACGUCGACGGUUAUCGGUGGAUUUUCAUUCAUGUCGACACCGAUUAUUCAGAAGGUGGUUACCACCGAAUCCUCGAAAACUCCCAGUAAAACCGAGGGUAGUCCGUUCGCUGGAUUCACGUUCAACAAGGCUGUAACCACUGCAGAGAGUACUAUGACAGCAACGGCGAAAACCACGGUCGCUGAACCGACUUCUCAACCGUCCACGUUCUCGUUUGCAAAAACAACCGCACCGCGGUUGGAGCCUGCAACGACAUCGACUCCAGCCGUCGGCUCGACCGUUUCUACAAACGUUUCUCAAUCGUCGCUGAGGCGACCGCAUGCGCCUGCGCCGAAUACGACUGGUUGCGUGGGCAUCGACGCCACGAAUGUGUCCACCGAACACGAGGAAACGUUGGUCGAGAGCAAGGCGAGUCUUCAGUAUUACAAUAACGAUACCAAACAGUGGGAGAGUAGAGGUACUGGUCAGUUGAAGGCUUUGUGGAAUUCGAAAACCGGUAGGAUUCGAUUGCUGAUGACAGAGCAGAACGGUUCGAAGGUUUGCUAUAAUUACAAUGUUCUGAGUAAGACACCGUUCACGUACAAGGAUGGUAGCAACGUGGUUGUCAAUUGGACCAUACAGUAUGGACCUGGUAAUAAAACGGGAAUGUUUUCAGCUACGUUUAAAACGUCCGCCCAAGCUUCUAAGUUCUACGAUACGAUCACCAGCAACCAGCAGAGAAUGGUGAAAGAUUGCGUUGCUGCGGAGAGUCUGAAGAAACCAGAGAAGACCAAGAACGUGCAAAAGAGCAAAACGCAGCCUUCUUUGGCCGAGAUGUUCAAACCACCGCCUGGCUCGUGGAACUGCGACGCCUGUUACACGCAGAACACGGCGUCGAACGUGGCGUGCGUAGCUUGCAAAGCACCGAAUCCCUCUGCAGCCAGCAAAGAAAGCACACCCACGGUCGCAGCCACCAACACCGCCUCGAAUCAGAUACCGCUUUCCCAAAUGUUCAAACCGCCACCUGGUUCGUGGAAAUGCAACUGUUGCGAGAUCGUCAACACCAUUGGUAACAAUUACUGCGUUGCCUGCGACACGCCCAAAGACCCGUCGAUUCCGCCAAAGCCAAAAACAGACGGUUUCAUGAUAGGCACAGCUGCCUCUGGAACUACUCCUUCGUUCACCUUCGGUAUACCGCAAGAUAUCAAUAAGAAGAGCAAAAGUGGAUUUACAUUCCGAAUACCACCGUCUGCCGAUAGUUCCAACGAUUCUAAGCCCACAGCUGACACCAAAGGAGAUAAUUCCAGUACGAAAUUUGUGUUUGGAAUGCAACAGAGGCCAAGCACACCGCCGAACAAAGACUCACCGUUCACGUUCGGAUCGCCAGGCAAAUCGUUUGGCUUCAAUUUCGUGGCCAAGUCGCCGACCAAGUCACCAGGGGGCGGUGAAAACAGCGAGGAGGAGGUGGUAGAGAGCGACGAUAUUCACUUCUCGCCGAUCAUCCCUCUGCCGGAUAAAAUCGAAGUUAAAACGGGGGAGGAGGACGAGGAGAUACUUUACAGCCACAGGGCGAAGUUGUUCAGGUACGACAAGUCGACGUCCGAAUGGAAAGAGCGUGGUCUGGGCGACAUCAAGUUGUUACGGCACAAUAAGACGGGUAAACUGAGACUGAUAAUGAGGCGGGAGCAAAUCUUGAAGCUCUGUCUGAAUCAUUUCAUUCUACCCACCAUGGAAAUCAAACCCAGGGACGAGAAGACUUGGAUCUGGACCGCCGCCGACUACAGCGAAGGAGAGAUCAGGCACACGCUAUUCGCCUGUCGUUUCAAGAAUUCUGAUAUCGCGAACAACUUCAAGAAGAUAAUGGACGACGCGAGGAGGGAGCAGGAUUUUCCAACCAGCGAACCAAAGACAGAGUCGAAGGCGGAGACGUUUGUUAAGUCGUCGUCGCCCCAGGACAUCGAGGUUCUCUACGAGGCGAAAGUGACGCCCGAGGAGAAAGAAGCCGCGAUAAAAUUACAGCUACCGGAGAACUUCUACGCGUACAAGCAGAAGCCAGAUUGUUCUGGGUGCAGAGGUUGCAAAGAACCAGGCGCGCCGUUGUUCCAAGAUCAAAGUUCAGCAACGGAGGCGUCGGUAUCGAAAAGUACCUCGUCCGCCAUACAGUUUCCUCCAAAAAUUGGCAGCACCAGCGCCACCCCGAGUAACGUCACGGAACCUGCCCAAACGCCUGUUUCGACUACUAACACAACUAUUCCUUCUACUAUAUCGUUCGGAAACAGCGACAAGAAGACUACUGGUUUUUCGUUCAUUCUGCCACAGAGUCAACCUACCAUCGGCGAGAUACCGAAACCCGCGACCGAGCAAAAUAUUCUGGCGGGCGAAAAUUUGAAAAUCUGCAGUCCCAUUAUCUCCCAGGGUCAAGCAGAGCCUGCUAUAUCGUCUCCUUUCAAUUCAUCGAUAUCCACGACAUCCUCGGUGUCCAUGUUUGGGACACCUGUGUCAGACAAUCCGUUCAACCCGAGCGCGGGAAAGAAUGUUCUGGCUCUUCCUAAGUCUGGUUCUUUCAAUGUCAGUGGAAAUAAUUCGGAGUCGACAAUUUUAAAUAAUAUUAACUCUCAAACGAAAACCACUACGAGCGGCGCGACCGUAUUUGGUACCGCGCCGGCUUUCGGGUUAUAUUCGACGAAAACCAAUCCCGAAACCACCACCAGUAAUUCGUCCCCGUUUAUAACGAACACCACAACGUGUCUGUUUGGAGCGUCCGCCAAGCCUGCUAAUACAGUAUUCGAUAAUACGUUUUCGUUUAAUUUAUCUUUCGGCGCGCGUGCAAACGAAUCACCGUUCGGAAUCACGAGCCCUAUAAUAACGAACAUUUCUGAAACGAAACCAGCGACGCUGGAAAGCGAGUCUCAGAAAGAUAGUGAUAUUAGUUUUCUGCCGGCGGCCGACAUAUCGUUCUCGGCCUUGGCAGCGAAAGCACCCCAGCAAGCAUUUAAAACAGACCCGAACUUCUCCUUCUCUGGCGCUGGAUCGGCCGUAUUUGGUUCCAAAUCUACCGACAAAUCCGCUGAAAAAACGAAAGAUGCUGAGAACGAGGAAGUAGAGUCUCCUGAAAACGAAAAUGAACAAGAACACGAUCCUCACUUCGAGCCCAUCGUACCGUUACCCGAUGUUAUCGAGGUACGGACUGGAGAGGAAGACGAAGAAAAAGUAUUUUGCGAGAGAGCCAAAUUGUACAGAUAUAACAGUGAUACGCGCGAGUGGAAAGAGAGAGGCGUUGGAGAAAUGAAAAUUUUACACCACGCAGAACACGGAACUUACAGAUUAUUGUUGCGCAGAGAUCAAGUUUACAAAGUAGUGUGCAACCUUUUGCUCACCCAGGAUUUAAAGUUCAGCAAACUUUCUACUUCGGACCGUACAUGGAUAUGGGCGGGCAUGAAUUAUACCGACGAUCAACCAGCCGUAGAAAAAUUAGGAGUUAAAUUUAAGAAUCCAGAAUUGGCCUCAAAGUUUAAGGAUACGAUCGACAAAAUCCAACAAACGCUAAGCGAAAUUCGUGAGAAAGUUACUGAAGAUGAGCCAAUAAUAGAAGAACCGGAAGAGGAGGAGAACGAAGAUGUUGAGGAAAUCGAAGACGAAGAAGUGUACGAAGAGGAGGAAGACGAAGGUGAUAAUCAUAACUAUUUAACCAUUUUUGAGAAAAGAGCAACUUUGCUUGCCAGAACGAGCGAGGAAACAAAGUGGAAGCUAGUGGCUGUAGGAAACUUUCUGAUUUAUUAUGAUUCCGAUAAUUUUAUUGGAAGUAUAAUAGUGAAAGCGGACGAAACAAAUGAAAUUGUAAGCAAUACGGCGAUCUAUCUGAACACCGAGAUGGAGGUCUGUGGAAAAGAAUGUAUUUGGACGUCGAUCGAUCGUGCAUUGGAACCACCGACGAGACAUACUUUGAAAGCAAUCUUUUCGUCCGAACAAGAUGCACAGGAAAUGUUCAGGCAUUUUCUCGAAGGAGUGGAAUGGGCGAAACAGGCCGAUUUCGGUGACCCUUAUGACAUAAGAACAUAUACAUGAUAACCGAUAAUAGAUCAAAAUGUUUGAUGAAUAAAACAAGGUGUGCCAAACGUGCUGGAUUUUUCUCACUUUGUUAAAGGCAAUUCUAAAGGAAAUGUUUUAUUACUGUUAUAUUGCUUUUUUAUAUUACUUUAUCUUAUUUAGGUUUUAUAUAAUCUAAAUAAGUUUUGUUAUCAUUAUCGAACGUUCAUUAAUAACUGUACAAUGAAGAAGAAGGAAACUCGUGGGAAGAAUUUUGGGAUGCUCAAACAGUGCAAUCACAUCGAGCGAUCUGCCUACGAUUAAACUAGUAAUGCAAGGAUAAUAAAUAGUUUUAAAAUUAUAAUUUUAUGCUUUUUCUAUCGUUUAAGUUAAAAACAAUUUACAAUAUAAGAAACGUAUUACACGAAUUAAUGGAUAAUGUUCUUAACGAGGAGAAUGGAAAUAAAAGAUUUUGAAAAAAUAUAUUUAUGCGCUUGGUCGUUAAUUUCAAGUUGAAAUUUAAUUUUACGAAUGAUUUAUCGAUAUUUGUGAUGUUGUUUGUUAUAACGAG